GCCAAGCAGCAGACAAAGCGCCAGGCAGAGCAGAGCGCAGUUCUAGCAAAAUGCACGAGAGACGCGUCAAGAAACUGAAGGGCGGGCAUUAUGUGGCCACACAUGGCCGGCUGACGCCCGAUCCGCCGUAUGUGCACUCGAAUCGCGGCUAUUCGACGGACGGCGACGACUCGCAUUCGCAUCGGGCGCACUCGGAGUACACGCUGGCCCACGAGCGCAUCUCGCCGCAGUCGCAGUCGCAGGGUCAUUACAAUUCAUCGCGCAAGGCGCGCAGCACGAACGGACAGCAACACCUGCAGCACGGCUAUAGCCACAGCCAGAUGGGCCUGUCCAGCACGCCGGACAACGGCGGACCACGCUCGCUGAGCGGACCGCCGCCCACGCGCCAGCCGCCGCGCGCCCCCUCCGCCCUGAGCUACGAUCAGGCCGGCGAUGCGGGCAGCGAUAUCUAUGUGACCAGCGCCGCCUACAAGGCGCCCUCCGAGAUCAGCCGGUACAGCCAGCGUCCGGUGUCGCGCGGAGCACCACGCAGCGUCUACUCGGUGGCCAGCACGGCAAAGACGGGCCGCAGCGGCCGCUCCACAACGAAACGUGGCGCCAAGAUCGAGACGAUGUCGGCGCCAAAUCCGUUCUGCCCGAAUGUCAAGGGCGUCUGCUGUCUGAUGCUGCUGCUCAAUCUCGGGCUCAUACUGGUCACCCUCGGCUUCGUUAUUGUGGUGCAGUUCUAUGAGCCCGUCUAUGUCUGGAUAUUGGGCAUCAUAUUCCUCAUCUUUGGCUUUCUCACGCUGAUCGGCUGCAUGAUCUACUGCGUGUACGUGUGCCGGGACGCAAAGACCCCAUCGCAGGUGCGCAACGAGGAUCUUUACUGGACGCGACACUGGCAAAAGAAUAUUGGUUAUACGCCGCAGGAGAUCAACUACAAGGCGGACAAAUAUGAUGCCUACUCGGAUCGCUACUCGGUCAGCAAGCUGAGCGGCAAGUACUCGGAUCGCGAGAGUCAGCGCUACUGAGGAGGCAAGGAGAGGGGAAUAUCUUGGAAUAUCUAUGGCAAACACAUACAACUAAUUACUGAAGCGAGGGCCGACCGAUAAGUAGUUGAAUAGGAUAAGAGCUGCGCUUUACAACCAGCUGUUAAAUUUGCCAGGCACCGCUUUAUCGAUCGAUAACUAAUCGAUAUGGUGCUAGAGAUGGCACUUGGCACAAAUACUUAUUAGCCAGCGCCCUCGUACGCACAACAUUAAAACAAAACAAACAAAAAAGAAAAUGAAAAUGAAAAACCUGGCGCAUGUCUAUAACUUAAAUAACUAGAUAAUAGUCUUAAACGGUUUAUUAACAAGGCCUCAACGUACCUGCUGCAAGCUGCUUGCUAGUUUGUAUGUUCUUAAUCAUAAAGAGAGAGAGAUAUAUACAUAUAUACGAAAAAAGAUACAGAAAGAGUAUUGGAAUGCUGCCAUAUUUGAGAGACAGUUUUUUUUUUUGUUGUUUGCUUAAAUUCUAACGGAAAUGCUUGAUAACAAUAUGCAAAGCAAUAAUAAAACAAUAAUUAUAUAAAUAAACAUUCAAUAAAGUGUAAA